CUUUUUUUCUCUCUCGCUCGCAACCAGAGAAGUCGCGUUUCUUCUCGCGUUCACACACAGCUGCCGAGAAAAAAUGGACCUCCGUGAAUCGAUCGCCGACCAGACCGACGUCGCCCUCGCCAUCUCCAAGCAGCUCCUCUCGACCCGGGCCAAGGACUCCAACCUCGUCUUCUCCCCACUCUCCAUCCACGUCGUGCUCGGCCUGAUCGCCGCCGGCUCCGCGGGGCCCACCCAGGACCAGCUCCUCUCUUUCCUCAGGGCCAAGUCCGCCGACCACCUCAACUCCUUAGCUUCCCAGCUCGUCGCCGUCGUGCUCGCCGACGGCGGUGGCGCCGGCGGGCCGAAGCUGUCUUUCGCGAACGGCGUUUGGAUCGAUAAGUCGUUGCCUCUCAGGCCUUCUUUCAAACAGGUGGUGGACGCGUCUUAUAAGGCGGCCACUAACCUAGCUGAUUUCAAAACCAAGGCUGUUGAGGUGACUAGCGAGGUUAAUACGUGGGCUGAGAAGGAGACCAGUGGGCUCAUAAAGGAGGUUCUCCCGGCUGGCUCAGUCGACGGUUCAACCCGACUCAUUUUUGCGAAUGCCCUUUACUUCAGGGGUGCUUGGAAUGACAAGUUUGACCCUUCGAAGACAAAGGACAAUGACUUUUUCCUUCUCAAUGGGAAUUCUGUUCAAGUUCCCUUCAUGACUAGUAAGAACAAGCAGAUCCUUGGGGCUUACGACGGUUUUAAAGUCUUGGGACUUCCUUAUAAGCAAGGGGAGGACAAGCGUCACUUUUCAAUGUACUUAUUUCUUCCAGAUGCAAGAGAUGGACUCCUAGCUCUUGUGGAGAAAGUCGGUUCUGAAUCUGGCUUUCUGAAUCGCCAUCUUCCUUACAACAAAGUGGAAGUGGGGGAAUUCCGAAUCCCGAGAUUCAAGAUAUCCUUUGGGUUUGAAGCUUCAGAAGAUCUGAAGAAGUUGGGAUUGGUAUUGCCAUUUUCGGGUGAAGGAGGAUUAACGGAGAUGGUGGACUCUCUCGAGGGCAAGAAUCUCUAUGUCUCGAGCAUCUUUCACAAAUCCUUCAUUGAAGUUAACGAAGAAGGAACAGAAGCAGCCGCCGCUUCUGCUGGGGUUAUUAAGCUGAGGGGUUUGGCUUUUUCAGAGAAGAUAGACUUUGUUGCCGAUCACCCGUUCCUGUUCAUGGUGAGAGAGGAUAUGACUGGCACGGUGUUGUUUGUGGGUCAGGUGCUCAAUCCGCUAGACGGCUGAUCAUGCACCGAACGAGAGCAUUAGUAUUCCUAACUAUAUAGGAACUAACACGAGAGGUUGUAUGGUUUAUAUUGCAUAUGUUUUGCUGCGUUAAUUUGUCGAUGCACGAUAGAGAGGAGGCAAUAUCUUAUUGUAUUGUAUCAAUUAUCAUCACAUGUUCAUGGAGUGUAUGUCUUCCCA